AUGUCCUUGAAGCGGCAGAGUCCCAUAGAAGUGGAUGCUGCUGCGCUGCAGCGGCUGGUGGACCACUGCUGCAGCAGCAGCAGCAGCGGCAGCGCAGCAGCAGCAGAGGAAGUGGCAGCCACGGGAAACCUGCUGAAAGUGGCCCCUGCGGAGAUGCGGCUGGGCAACGAGCUGGCAGCAGCAGCAGCAGCAGCAGCAAAACAAGUGGUGUUUGACUGGGGCCUGAAGCUGCAGCUAAAACCUGCUGCAGCGGGAGACUUUGGCAGCUUAGCAGCAGCAGCAAAUAAGUACGAGGUGCAGCAAUUCCAUUUUCACGCCCCAGCUGAACAUACACUCGGAGGCCGCAGCAGCAUCGAGCUGCACGUGGUCUGCAAGUGUACAGACACUGCAGCAGCAGCAGCAGCAGCAAACCAAAAUCUCGUCCUGGGCAUUUUCUUCGAAGCAAAAGAAGGAGCAGCAGACAAUCCUUUCCUUCUUUGCUGCGAGCGGGCCCUCGCGGAGCAGCAGCAGCAGCAGGAGCAGCAGGAGGUGCCUGCUGCUGUGCGCGAGGCGCUGCAGCAAGCUGCUGCAGCAGCAGCAGCAGAUGACAGCAGCAAAGACACAGUUAAUUUGAAAGAAUUAAUUGAUGAAGAUAAAAUUCUUGUCACUUAUGAAGGAUCUCUCACAACUCCCCCUUGUACUGAAAAUGUCCUUUGGUAUCUGCGGCGCGAGGCCAUCCCCACGAGUCCGGAGCAGGCGAAGAGAUUUUCUCUUUAUUUGAAAAGAGGCGAAGGGGCCCAGGCCCGCAGCAACUACAGACUCAGGCAAAACGUGGAGGUCAAGGCAAACGACCAGACCCUCUACGUUUGGAUUCCCGAGCUGCAGCAGAAGACAGAAUAA